GGCCCCGCCCAUCCCCACAGCCUCUGCGCUCGCUGCCCAGGUCCUCCGACGACCGUCGGCCGUUCGUCGCCACCGCCGCCGACAAAAUGUCCACAGGUGUGCCUGCGGGUUCAGGUGCUGCCACUGGCAGCAGUCGAAGACUCCAGCAGACACAGAAUCAAGUAGAUGAGGUGGUUGACAUCAUGAGAGUCAAUGUGGAUAAGGUGUUAGAGAGAGACCAGAAGCUCUCGGAGCUGGAUGACCGCGCAGAUGCACUGCAGGCUGGCGCUUCUCAGUUUGAAACAAGUGCUGCCAAGUUGAAGAGAAAGUAUUGGUGGAAGAACUGCAAGAUGUGGGCAAUAGGGAUCAGUGUCCUGGUGAUUGUUGUCAUCAUCAUUAUUGUGUGGUGUGUCUCUUAAGGAAGAGCUGGCAAAACUGAAGCACACUGUUCAGGACCGCUUUGAAGACUUUUUCCUUAGAACCUGCUAUGAUACGGAGCUUACCUACUGUUUUUUCCAAGUGAUUAUUCUUGUUAAUUUACAUACACUUUAGUGCCUAGAGGUGUGUCUCUGUUUUUAAUAUAUGCCCCAAACUGGAGGUGUGACCUACCCUGCCCACAUUUUGCACAGUGCCUUUACAGAGUUACCGACUGGGAAAGAGGACUUCUGUUCCAGAGAGCUGAAACCUAGGUGGAUGUUGUCACUGAUGACUUGUGGAUUCCAGAAAGGGGAUUUUGUUCAAGUCAGCUGUCCCCACCUGACAUCGUUCUCAAAGCCACAUUUUAAACCUUUGGGUUGCACCUUCUGAGGAGAACACUACUACCUAACUCAAAUCAGUGACAGUAACAGAGUGUGCCUUAUUCUGACAACUCCACUCCUUUUCAUUAAGAGGACCUUCCUUUUUUGUAAGCAUUACUGACUCCUACUGUAUUUAAGAUGCUGGUGAAGAGCUCAUCGGUGCUCUUAUGUUAGGUGUAAGAUGUUUACUUUCUUCUUGUUGCAUAUCACUUCUAAAAUAAUAUUUUAAUCAGAAAUAACUCUUUAAAAAGUUUUUAUAUAACUGUGACCAAAGUUUCUAUUUUGCCAAAAUUUAGAUACAAUUAAAAUGUCAGUAAGUUUUCCCUUAAUAGAGAAAUUCAAAUAAGUGCCAAAUGUAACUCAAGGAGCCCUUCAAGACAAAGUGCCAAUACUCUGUGAGCCUUCGACAUUUUGACAGUCCUUCCUGUGAAAUCCUGUAGAUAGUGUUAUUCGUUCUGAUUUGCUUUCUUUCAUAGAGCUAUAGGAUGAGCUCAAGUCACACCUGUAGACAAGACAUUUAUUUAGCCAGCAGUGUGCAGACUGAACUCUGCUGAACUAUGCUAGCGUGAUGUGAGCAGCAGCCUUGCCGCCUCAAAAAGGUGUCAGUCUGCACAGACAGAGCUCUGGAAAAUUAUUUAGUGCUUUUCCUCAUCCUUUAUAUUCUGCUUGAGGUGAGGCACUGGUCACUCCUAGAGAACUAGCCAAAGAAGCCUGUUGCUCUUAUGAUAUAGCCAUUGCCUUCUGAGACACUUUUGUUGUGUAUAUGAGACUUUCAUCAAGGUAUGGCUCAAAGAUGGGAGUUCAGGCAUGGAUGAAAACAAAGAAGCAGUGAAGGAAAAGCAGGUCUGUACUGCUUAUCUGUGGCAGUGCCAUUAGAAGGUCCUGAAAUUUGUGUUUGUAUUCAAAGCAGCAUCAGUCAAGAUGUCAUAGAAUCUGGUUCUAGCUUUUUUUGUGUACCUCUGAUGUUACCAAAACAAUACGAAUGUUGAAGACAGGCCUUGCAGCAUGCCCAUUGUGGGAAAGCAGCAUCAGCCAGGGCUUCUGUCCUGCCUUGACCCGACAACCUUGGUGCUGUCUCCACCAUGCUCCGUCCCUGGAACUCACCGGCUCCUGCAUUAACACAGUGAUACCUCGUUUGUCUGUGUAAAUAGCUGGGAACUUUCCCACUAUGAUGACCUGAAUAAAGUUGUUUAUUAACAUGA